AUGGCACAGCACAAACCUCCCUUCACCCUCGAAACCGCUCACCAGAAAGUCAAAGCCGCCCAAGCCCUCUGGAACACCAGGGACCCCUCCAAAGUGGCCCGAGCCUACACCCCCACGUCCAUCUGGCGCAACCGCAGCACCUUCCUGCGCGGGCACGCCGCGAUUGAGGAUUUCUUGACGAAGAAAUGGGAGAAGGAGAAGGAGUAUAGACUGCGCAAGGAACUCUUUGCUCAGCAGGACAACAGGAUAGGUGUACAGUUUUGGUACGAAUACAGGGAUGCGCACGAUUCCAUGGUCUGGAAACGCUGUUAUGGCAUUGAGCACUGGACUUUUGCUGCCGAUGGGAAGAUGGAGAAGAGGAUGAUGAGUGGAAACGAUGUGGUGAUUGGAGAGGAAGAGAGAUGGUUCAGGGACGGGGUGGAUGUUGACAGCGUUGCCCUGGGAGAGGCGGACUUCUAA